AUGAAUGAUUCUGAUUACUAAAAAUUGAAAGACCUUUACUCUAGAUAGACUAAUUUCUCCAGAUAAUAUUUCACCUCAAAUACUACCGUAAAAGAAUUCAGAGAUAUUUUAGAGCAAAGAACUGCUAAUCAAACUAAUAACAAUACUUCAACUCCUUAAGACUAGCAAGCUUAAAACCAAACAGUUAAUGUGACGAAGCAUAACUAGGAAUUAGAUCAGACACUGCUCAUCAUAAGCAGCGUAAUAAUCCUUAUGGUCUCUCUAUACAUCUUGUAUUGCCUGUUUAAGAAUAGGAUUAAGAGAAGGGGUACAGGUGCAUAUGGUUCUAGAUCCUCCAAAAAGGUUUCAUAAGGGGUAUUCUAUAAAAGAUGCUUCCUGAUUGGAUUAUUUGUUACAAAUAUGUCAAGGGCAGUAACUUUGAUAUACGAUGUGAUAACCUCUGUUUCAAUGGGGUAUAACUAUUAUGAGUCAUAGAGCAUUUUAGCAUCACAAGUUUUUAUGAAUGUACCCACACUACUGCAAAUGAGUACUUUUACAGUCUUUAUUUACUACUUCGCCACUCUGGCUUUGCAAUUUGAGCAAUAGAAGUACAAAAAUGGAGUAAUGGGUUUCGAUGAUUUUAACAAAGAUAACAUUGAUGAAAAGAGAAUACUACUACUAAGUGGAUAGUAUCAUAGAACCAUAACUUAAUAAAAGAGACAAAAUUUACCCAACCUCAUGAAGAUAUUCUUUAUUGGCUUCAAUGUUUUUACUUUCUUGGCAUAUUUCACGAUUAGUACUUACUAUGUGAAUAAAGUAGUUUCGAUUGGAUAAGAUCCAUUUAAAAACUCAACAUCCUAGUACCCAUCAUAAAUCUUGGAUGAAUAGUAGUAUCGUGAUUACCUUAACAAUCAAUUAAAUGGGACAUCAGCGACCAAUUCUACCAGUUCAGAUCCUACUAGAAAGAUUCAAAUCAGAGAAGAGCAUCCCUCAAACCUGCCUUAAUACAAUAGAGCUUUAAGUGGGUUGAAUGGCUUAAUGUUCUUAAUGCUUGCACUAGCUGUUUUAAAUUAUGGUUCAAGGUUAGAGACUUUAAUCACUCAGACUAAGUUGAAAAACAGUGGUUAAAAUGGUGGUAAUGAUGAUUCAUCUAAAAAGGAUAGAAGAAUCCUAGAGAAUACGGAAGACAAUGCUAUCCUCUUAAAAGGUUUGAACGAGUAGAGUAAGCGAAUCUUGCGAGGCCUAGACUAAAGAAUAUUCCUGAUGACUAUCUGCCUGAGUAUGUUGUUCUUUGUGAUUUCCAUUUGUGAAUUCCUAGCAGCCUGGGACGUGAUUAAGAUUUCCGACGCGAGGUGGAAAUCUCUAGUUUUCAUUGUUUUUACAGAAACUUUCCCCACAGUUACUCUCGCACACUUCAUGACAAAAUAAUUGAAAAAGAAAAAAGGGACAGUUCACAGGAGUGCAAAAAUAAACUAAUAAUCAGAUAGAAAUAGAAGUAAUGGAAAUAGCUAGCAGAUAAAGUUAAAUUAGGAUAGUUCAACUAAGAAGAGCAAACUGAAUGGACUUGAUAUAAGAUAAAGCGAAACAGAGGAGAACAGUGGAUUCCAAGAGGACGAUGAAAUGGAUGAUUUAUUAGACAUUAAUUCCUCUGAUGAGGAGGCUGGUCACAGGAAUAAAUCUAGCAGUGGUGGACUCAAUGGUCUAGAUGACUCAUUUGGAAGUUUCAAUCCUAAUCUUAAUGCAAAAAGAGAUCAAUUAUAGACCAACAAUCCUAAAAGUUAGAAAGACUAGGAAGAUGAUGAGGAUGAAGAAAGUGAAGAAAGUAAUUAUAGCCAAGAAAACUAAAAUUCUAACAGUAGAUAGAGUCCUAAUCUUGCUUUUGGUAAUCAUAGAAAAAAUUAAAAUUCAAAAUUAGUGUGA